AUGGCCAUUCUGGGUAAAUAUAUAGUAAAGUCAAAUAGAAUAAUGACUUGUAAAAGAAAAGAAGAGUACAAUGACUUCCUGGAGUUUACUCAAACUGAGCCGUUGAAAAUCAUCAAACAUUGUGCUACUAGAUGGUUAUCUUUGGAGAAAUCUGGAAGUUGUUUAAUUGUCGAUAUGGUGGGACAGAUGAAAACUUUGUUAAAGACGUUUUUGGGAAAUUUUUUAAAGAUUGCUUCAAUAAAAUCAGCAGAAGAUGUCACUCAAGUUGAUUAUACCAAUAAAGAUAAUUACCUGCCAGUCGAUUUUAUAGCUAUAGGAAUGAAGGCCAGAACUGUUUUAGCUGAUAAUCAGGAUAAUCUUGAACCAUCAACACUACACAGAAUUUACAGUGGCCAAGAUUAA